AUGGCAAGGCUAGUAAAGUUAUACAGUCAAAUCGAUCACAUAAAAGAACAGUAUUUUAUCAGAAACAGAAUUGCAGAAGAAAACAGAGCGCGAGAGAAUGCUGCUGCCAUUAAGAUCCAAAGCUGGUUCAGGGGCUGCCGGGUUCGGGUUUACCUAAAUCACCUACACAAGAAGGCGACCGUUAUUCAGAAGGUAUGGCGCGGCUUCACGGCUCGCGAGCUCUUCAGACAGCGGGUGAAGACAGCAUAUUUUACCAUGAAGAUGAAUUUCUACAAUAAGAUGGCUGUCAAGAUACAGCAGAGGUGGAGAGGAAAUUAUGUAAGAAAAUACAUCCACAAUUAUUACGCUCGCAAGGCAUAUCUGGAAGAGUUAACGCAAAAGAAUGAACAGAUCAGGAGAGAUCUAGAGGAGUUUGCGGAGCUCCAGAGGAAGGAGCGGGAGCGCAUCUCUCUGGAGAGAGAGGAGCAGCAGAAAUGCAUCCAAGCCCAAAAACUCCAUUUCCUCCUCAGUACUAAACAGUGUCCAGGAAUAUUUAACUCUCCGUUCAGACAAGCACCAGACGAGAUGGAGUUGAGGUUACAGAAGGUCAAGCCUCUCAUGGUGAGAUCUGCAACGACAGACAGGAAAAGCCGUAAGACACGCCCCCAGUCACCACGACAACCAGACAGCGGACACAUCCUGCCACCUAUCCACAGCAAACAGCCACAGGGGCCCUUCCGCGCGGCACAGGAGGUGCAGCAGCAGCGUUCCCGGCCCCUGGAGCCCAGCCUGCGAGUGGCUACAUCCAUCACCGCGCUGGAGGAGGCCAGAAACGAGCUCAAACGCCAGGAGUGGAGGACCCGCCUUAUCGACCAGCCAUUCCAACCUUUCUCCCAUGUCCACAACAACAAGACGUAUGAACGGUCGGUGCACACAAGUGCUCCGUUUGAACAGGUGGCUUAUGGGAAUAAGUACUUCAGAGAGCAGAACACUGAACAGCUACAGGGGAAAAAGCCGUUCAAGACUGUCUUCACCACCUGUCACGUCUUUGACAAAUUUGGACGCCUGUACUCCAAAGCUGGGAAUAUCGUUUAG